CUUUGUGCUGUGUACCUGUGAUAACUAUUCUGUCACGUUUGUAUGACCUUACCUAUAUACCUGUAUAUACAGGUAUACUAUAGUUGUGUAGUUUAACAUCUACACUACCUAUAUGUAUAUAUAAGUAUUAAACCCAGGACUUUGUAGGGUAGAACAUCAUUUAUACAUAUAUCUCAGCAAAGUGACAUUCUAAAACUUACCCAAGGUAUUUAAAAAAUUUAAUUUAAAUAGACAGUGCUUAUUCCAAAGAAGUUGCGGCGUUGGACUUCAAACUAAUCCUGGAGUGCCCGUGCCGAAGAGUAAUGUUUAUACAGAGCAAGCGACAGAGGGACAGCAUAUCCAAUGCUAUCUAAUCUAAAGCUGUGUGUUCAGUGGCCUGGCUGUGGAUGUUUGGGAGAGGAGAUAAUCGCGGACUGGUGACCUAAGACGUGGUGUGACUACCCAUGUGCUCUGUUAUAGCUCUCAAUGUGCCGGCACAUACGAACAAUCGCUAGAUAACCUGUCUCAUAAACUCCACGAAAAGUGAAGCAAGCGCUGGUGACUUUGUUGCUCUUGAAGGAACUGCAUCUUCAAAUUGUGCAUUUCGUGAGUUGGAACGUGGAACUCUCUUAUUAUUUAGCUGUUCUCAUUGGAAGGUCUAUACUGUUUGAAAAAGUCUGUGUGAAAUGUCAGGUGGAUCCUAUCCAGUUAUCUUGUGAAGGAUAGCUGACAUGUGGUGUGGAUGACAAAAUAAAUUUGUUUUAAAGCCAAUUCCACGUGGAAUACGUAUACAACGCUCAUGCGUGUGCAUGACAUGCCUAGUACAAGCUAGUUUGCGCCAGUAUACGUAACAACGACGUUAACAUGGUCGGUUACGUUGUGGUGUCCUUACUUUGGGCACUGGUUGUUGACGUCACCGCAAAGUUGACCUUGCCUCCUUUCCAAGCCUUGAAGGAAAGCUAUCCUGGAUAUUUCAGUCACGGCGGCCAUUAUCACAAUCAUCGUCUCAUAGAAAUAAUUGGAUGUUAUCAAGAGUUAUCCCGACACGACACAUCAAUUACCUCCCUUCAUCAUGAUACGAGUGCAUUGCGAUUGUCGUAUGCGUUUAAUCGUGUCGGUGGAGAGCAUUCUCUCGGGCCAGCUUACAUUCAUCUAUCGAAAUAUGGCACGGACAGUGUGUUAGGUAACGAUGGAUUACAGUAUAUAUACCAUCCCAUAGCCUACGGACCGUACCUAGCGGAUAAAUAUGGCUAUCCAAAUGUGUCGAAAUUACAUCAACUUGAUCCAAUUUCAACAAGGAAAACUUUUCACGGAAAACAGGGAAUUCUUCGUGUGAUAACAUACAAGAAGAAACAUGCAAAUUUACCACUAGGACAUGUUGCAUUGUGGGAUUGUGAUCAUUUUCACCAAAGUAAAGAUUUCAUAGCAGACCACACCUUAAUCACAGUGGAAUUCUGGGAAACACCAGAUUCGGAUUGUUCUCGUCCGUCACCACGCAGUGACACUAAUUCCUGGUACAGAGAGCAAAAUACACCACACCAAAGAGCUCCGCACCUCAGCAGGCUUUUUAAAAUGCGAUAUCCAGUUGCCUACGAUUCUAUAAAAAACCAACAGGCAGACAAUGAACAUUUACGGCAUUCACGACACAAAGGAAUUCUGGGAAACUAGCACCUGUGUGAUGUCACAUGUCCGUCAUUCUAGUCAUAGGUGAUUAUCAUCUGCGUAAACUUUUUUUUAUAUAAUCCGUCUGGUAUUAAAGGCGGCCAUGACUGUCCUUGUUUGUGACUCAGAACAUUGUGUUUCUUCAGAUUACAGGGUACAAAUGCAUUCAAAGUGAAUGGGUCGACCACGACUGAUUUUCAAACAGAACUGUGUUAUGUAACUUUUAAACUGCGAUCUAUUGUUGAGUUCGCAUAUUGGAAAAUACAAUUUGAUAUUCAUGUCUGCAGCUGAAUUUUUUCGUUCUUUUGACAAUGAAAGCACUACUGUAAGAAUUCAAAACCUGAUGAAUCGAAUGGAAUCAUUUUUAUUAAGUCUUUAACCAAUCAAUUGCUUCAUUUUUACCUGCAACUUCAGGUCGAAGGUCAAGAUGGAGAGACUGACCAAUAAGAUUUCUCGUUAGAUCACAAUGUUUAUUUCAUUGACUAAAUAAUCAAAAGAUCGAUCUCCUUCAUGUCUGUAUUGAAUAAUUCAACUAAGUGAAUCAAUUUUUCAUCAAUUACCAUGAAUUGAAUUAUAUGACUUAGUAAUAUCAAAUGUUAUUUGUAUAAAAUUGAAAUAUGCAGCAAAUUUCCAUUUCAAAAGUCAGCCUUCCAUUGUUGUCCUAUUGAAUGCUGAAUCCUUUCCUCCCCCAAACCCUUCAAUGAAAUGCUCCAUUACAAAGGUGGAAGCAUCCACUGUCAGGGAUUUGGGGAAUGAAGAACUGGGAUAAGGAAUGGCUCAAAACCUAAUUUGCAUUUAAUUGUCAUAUAUAUUUAUAGAUAUGUUUAUGAUUAGAUUAAAGAAACCUUUGUUGUGUACAUUAAAAGAAAACAAACAAUCAAAUUUCAUUAAAAAAUGUUACGGAUUGAAGAUAUCAUUUCCCAGUGUUUGCUGUCAAAUAUCAUUCUACCAUCAAGAAAUAUCACAAAAUUUCAUUUUGUCAUGUGGUCUAGAUUUACCUUCAGAAUAUCAUACACAUAAUUUUCACAAUGUCACAUUAUGUAUAUAAUGGGCUGAAUUGUCGACGUGUUAUUGAUAUGCUCGAAGCAGAGAUGAUACAUAAUAAUAAAUACAAAUUAAAACGAAUAUUAAAUCGCCAAUUUCCAUCAGCCGUAAACAGUGGUAAAUUUAAACCCACCAUGAAAAUGACCGAUUACAUUGUAUAUGGGGACGACCAUUGUAACAGGUUCCACCUAAUGCCACAGAAAAUGUUUUUCUUUAUUUCCUCUUUUCUACUUAAUUUUACGAUAGAAAAUAAUCUAAUAUCACAAAUAAGGCACCGGUAAAUCCAAUUUCAAACUCAAUUUAAAUUUUAUAAAACUCCCUCAAACUUGUUUCAAACAAUUCCUAUGUUAAACAAUUCCUAUGUAACAGGAACAACAGUAUGAGAUUCUCUUUCUCUUAAACACUAUUUCUCAAUUACUCUUACAUAUGAAAGAGAGCUUCUCAUAAAAACGAGGUUGGACUUAAACCACAGCAUAUCCUAUCAGCAAAAAGACGGGGUAAACUAAUUAUUGAUGAUAUUGUUAUUUUUCUGGUAGGAUCGUAAGAUGCUCAAACAGAAGUUCAGAAGAUUUCUACGUCUUUUACACAAAGUAAAAAAAAUUAAAAUGGGUCUGUUUGUGAAACAGAGGCUCUGAUUUAUAAGAUAUUGGUAUAAUGUCUACUGGAAAACACUUAUACAUGUAUAUAGUCAUGAACCGCAUAUAAUGUAUAAUUGUUGAAUUCUUGUCGAAAUAGAAGAAAUAACUCACAAUUUAAACUGUUUCAAAUCAUUCAAAGUAACUGCAGCGUGAUAAAUUAUCUGAAUUACGUCCCAUUUAGACACGAAGUUAAGUGUGUACAUGUGAACACAUAAAAAUCAUUCGUAUUUCUCCCGAUUACUGCGACUUUUUUCUCCUUCAGACCUUGACAGACACCAUUUUUUUUAUCAUUUUAAACCAGUACACAACCUUUACACAAGGUUGAUAUAUGUACACAAGUACAUGAUCGAUAAGAAGGGAAGAAAACUUCUUUCAUAACUGUUAAAGAACUCAAUUCAAGGUAGCGAAAUGAAAGAAAGAGAACAAGUAAAUCAACGGCCCAAAUUAAAGUCUCAUACUUUAAAAGCCAACCAAUAUAUGCAUGAAUAAAAAUCAUUGUUGAUGAUUGAUCGUAAUUUCCCAUUUAAAGAUUUAUGACUUUAUGCACACCGUAAAUAAGACACAGUUACGAACUUAACAAUGGAUCACAUCUAAUAAACUAUGCAAGUUAUGUGGUGUAGAAAUAAUGGAGAAAAAAAUUAGCUAUGUGGUUAAGAAACAAAAAUAAAUCUGUUCUAAAAUGUUUUGCACUUUUUCGUGACCUACUCAUUAUAGGUAAAUUAUGACAUACAAAAUUCAGGAAAUAUUUCCAAAUUUGUUUACCAAAGGGAGGCUAUUCAUGCAAAACCAACACUGAAUGAAAUUAAGUUUCAUGAAGCCAACGACUCAAUGGGCAUUCUAACCAUAACGUUAAGUUAAUACAAACGUGGUCAAAAAAAAAAAAUCUAAAAAAAAUGGAAUUAUGUUUUUUACAUUUCAACAUCAGGUGAUUCUCACAGAAAACUGGGCUCGAAUCCAUUUAACUCACUGACCUUAUUUGAAACUCUAUAUGUCUACGUUAUUAGUACUAUUAUCAAAGAUUUCAAACAAGAGAUGAGACCCGAUACCCUGGGUACCCUAUAACAGGCUAUAGUGCUGUUUGAUUGACGUCGGGUCAGGUAUUCUUGUACUCUCAAACCAGGUGUAACAAUCAAUCAGAUCAAAGAUAUUCAUAGUACUGUCAGCUUAAUAGCACAUUGACAGAAAAAGAAAUCAUAUGUAUUCAAUUUCUAUAAAAAAAAUAACAGAAAAUCAUAACAAUGAUAUCAGUCCUUGGGUCAAAUUAUCAUCUCAAUCAGACCUGCAUCACAAAAAAUAGCAAUUUUUGUAACAUUUCAUAACAUUUCAAACUGAAAAUAUAAAAAAAAAUCGAUGAAGCUGAUCAAUCUAUGAGAACCAGGAUCUGACUGAAAUCUCUAAUUUAUACAGGUGUAGUUUACAUCAUAAGUACAGGUAAAUCACAUAUUUAACAUGUUUUUCAAAAGUCCCCUGACCAGAUUUGGUAAAUAUCUAGCUUUUAUAGGUACCUCAUUAUCAGGCAUUAUCAAGGUUAUAAUCACCUUCUUCUGAAAAGUGUAAUGUUAUAGGGGAAUUUUCCGGUAAUUGUAUAUUCUGGUAAAUGUGAAGCAGCAACUUUUUACUGAUACAUGUAUUAAUGUAACAUUGGUAAUUAUAAGAAUAACAUUCAAUUUUGAUCGAUUUUACAAUGGAUAAACACAACUAAAAUGAAUAACUUCUUCUUAAAUAUUUAUUAUGAUACUGGUUUGAAUGGGAGAAAUUUGCACCAACCUAGUGGGUUUUGGAAACUUUGUAGUUUUGUAUGAUACAAGUACCAAAAAAGGGUCACAAAAAGGCCUUGAUUAAUCCUUGGAUCAAUGUUAAAAAUAAUUUUUGUCAAAAAAAUCACAAUUCUUUUUUUUAACGUAAGUCUGUUUUCUAAAAGUGCCAAAUUCUAUUUAUAAUUGAUAAAAAAUCAGAUUGUCUCCCCUUAAUUUCAUAUAGUAUUACAAGUAUUUCCAUAAACAUUCUAUGAAUCUGAAUAAUUUUAUUCAAGACCCAGCUCAUUAAUUUUUUAUAUGUUUUUUCUUUACUUCUGACAGGAAUAUCUACAAGCAUCAUCACACAAUACAACUAUUUCUAUUUGAAAUUACAAUCAAUGCCAACCAAGUCACUUGUAUAUUUUUUUACUAUGAUCAUAAAUGAUGACAACUGAAUUUUUAUCAUAACUGAUUCACAUUUUCAUAUUCAUUUUCAGUUUUACACCCUAAAAUCUUUAUAUAGCACAAUCCCAACCAAAGAAUGGAAGAAUCUAUUUUGGCAUUUUAGGGUUGUGAGGGUAUUUUUUAGGUUUUGUAUGGUUGUUCUGAAGUGCUAUUAUUUCUUUGUCAUAUUUAUGGUAUCUUGUGUUUUCAAUUGUGCUGUUGUGCCAGUGAAUUUAAUGUGAAGAAUAUCUUUUUCUUAAAUUAUUUUAAUAAUGUCAUAUUUUUUCUUAAGGAAAUAUGCUACCUUCUAUAUGAUACCUGUGAUUUGUGUUAAGAGUUUCUCAUUCUACCCUGAACACACAUUUGAACCCUUCCAAUUCAAGGGUUGGAAUAGUUCAUUAUGAAAUUUCAGGGGUGUAUGAGUUAAUGUAGAACUCUUCCGAAUAGAUGAUACAUUUCACAGUAUAGGAAGAAAGCGUACACCUUAAAUGGAAAACUAUGAAUUUACUUUGUAAAAAGCUAUUUCAAUUACCAUAUUCAACUUGAUUGGGUGUUAGUUCCUUGUAAAUACAAUCAUGGGAUGGGAGGAGGGUGGGGUUCAGAGUUAUGAGGAUAAAACUUAGGGUGGGGUGGGUAGAGAAUUCAAGGGGGUUGGGGAAAUGGAUGAAUGUCUUUUUAUCUAAAACUUGCAUUCAUUGACAUUGUAAUGCAGCAGGGGCAUUUAUAUGGUUGAAUAUGGUACUACAAAUUGAUUGUGAACACAAAAAUUGAUUUAUUUUACUUAAUCAAUACUAGUCAAUAUUAUUAUUACUGUUGUCUGAUCUCUUAGAUGGGUUUACUACGUGUCUAAUGGUUGACUGGAGCAACGACAAAUUAGGAAACAACAACAACAACAACAACGACGAAACAACAACAAUAAAUUGUGAUAUGUACACAGCAAUGCAGUUAAUCUGGACACUUUACUUUCGGAAAAAGUCCGGAAUAAAUGAUUUAUCAGAUUAACAGACUAUAUUGCAAAACAUAAUACAUUUAUAUUAUCAUUAUUUGUUUGAAAAUUUGUUUAAAAUUACAGGAAACAACAAAACAUAGUUAAAUGGGUUGUUUAGAAUUAAUAGUUUUGAAUAUUUACUCGAAUUCCUGAGUUCUGAUCAAAAGAAUUGCUGAAACAGUCAACUAUUAUCCCGUACAGAGAGAGAGGGGCCAAAUAUUUGUGUAUUUUAAAAUGAAUUAUUAUUGAAAUGUAAAUUACAAAAAUUACAGGAGUGUUGAUUUGUACAUAACUAUGUGCUGUGUCAGAAUGAUUUCAUUAUUAAAAUACGAUAGUGUUAAAAUUGAAUUAAAUAAAAGA